AUGGCUGGUGGUCCAGGUGGUCCGAUCAGGCCUCACGUCCCGGGCAUCUACCGAUUCACGGCAACCGCUCUGGGUGCUAGCAUGUGGUUCUUUCUGAUGUACCGCGCGAAGAAGGACGGCCCAGUAUUGCUUGGCUGGAAGCACCCUUGGGACCACUAG